AGUCAUACUAUUAUUAAUUUUUUUUUUAUAUUUUCUCUUUCUUGCACUUAAUAGCAACUCUAUAUAUCUCUCCAUUCCUACUUGCCCUCAUUUCACCAAAAUCCUCCUAAUCCACCAAUUUUAGAAUUCUCAUUCUCGUUUUCUCUCUCUUUCCCUUUCUCCAAAUUUGCCUAAAGAUUAAUCAUUUACAUUUUUUCUUCAUUAAUCCUUGAUUACAGUUUGAAAUAUUUCGACCCAAAACUAUACUGAUGGAGAGAACAAACAGCAUUGAGAUGGAUCGAGAGAGAUUAACGGCGGAGAUGGCGUUUCGAGAUUCAUCAUCGGCCGUUAUAAGAAUCCGGAGACGUUUGCCGGAUUUGUUAACGUCCGUUAAGCUCAAAUACGUGAAGCUUGGUCUUCACAACUCUUGCAACCUCACCACCAUUCUCUUCUUUCUAAUUAUUCUUCCCUUGACCGGAACCGUGCUGGUUCAGCUAACCGGUCUAACGUUCGAUACGUUCUCUGAGCUUUGGUCUAACCAGGCGGUUCAACUCGACACGGCGACGAGACUCACCUGCUUGGUUUUCCUCUGCUUCGUUUUGACCCUCUACGUGGCCAACCGGACUAAACCGGUUUACCUAGUUGACUUCUCUUGCUACAAACCGGAAGACGAGCGUAAAAUAUCGGUGGAUUCGUUCUUGACGAUGACGGAGGAAAAUGGAUCGUUCACCGAUGACACGGUUCAGUUCCAGCAAAGAAUCUCGAACCGGGCCGGUUUAGGAGACGAGACUUACCUGCCACGUGGCAUAACGUCAAAACCCCCGAAGCUAAAUAUGUCAGAGGCACGUGCCGAAGCUGAAGCAGUUAUGUUCGGAGCCUUAGAUUCCCUCUUCGAGAAAACCGGAAUUAAACCGGCCGAAGUUGGAAUCUUAAUAGUAAACUGCAGCUUAUUCAAUCCGACGCCGUCUCUAUCAGCGAUGAUCGUGAACCAUUACAAGAUGAGAGAAGACAUCAAAAGCUACAACCUCGGAGGAAUGGGUUGCUCUGCCGGAUUAAUCUCAAUCGAUCUCGCAAACAACCUCCUCAAAGCAAACCCUAAUUCUUACGCUGUCGUGGUAAGCACGGAAAACAUAACCCUAAACUGGUACUUCGGAAAUGACCGAUCAAUGCUCCUCUGCAACUGCAUCUUCCGGAUGGGCGGAGCUGCGAUUCUCCUUUCUAACCGCCGACAAGACCGGAAGAAGUCAAAGUACUCGCUGGUCAACGUCGUUCGAACGCAUAAAGGAUCAGACGACAAGAACUACAAUUGCGUGUACCAGAAGGAAGACGAGAGAGGAACAAUCGGUGUCUCUUUAGCUCGAGAGCUCAUGUCUGUUGCCGGAGACGCUCUGAAAACAAACAUCACGACUUUAGGACCGAUGGUUCUCCCAUUGUCGGAACAGUUGAUGUUCUUGAUUUCAUUGGUCAAAAGGAAGAUGUUCAAGCUAAAAGUGAAACCGUAUAUUCCGGAUUUCAAGCUAGCUUUCGAGCAUUUCUGUAUUCACGCAGGAGGUAGAGCGGUUCUAGACGAAGUGCAGAAGAAUCUUGAUCUCAAAGAUUGGCACAUGGAACCUUCUAGAAUGACUUUGCACCGGUUUGGUAACACUUCGAGUAGCUCGCUUUGGUAUGAGAUGGCUUAUACCGAAGCUAAGGGUCGGGUUAAAGCUGGUGAUCGACUUUGGCAGAUUGCGUUUGGAUCGGGUUUCAAGUGUAAUAGUGCGGUUUGGAAAGCGUUACGACCAGUUUCGACGGAGGAGAUGACUGGUAAUGCGUGGGCUGGUUCGAUUGAUCAAUAUCCGGUUAAAGUUGUACAAUGAUUUGUUGAACCGGAUAAUUAUUAUAUGUAAUUGUGUUCUUCUUUUUUUUUUAUGUAAGUUGUCGAUUGAAAAUCAUAAUUUAAUUAAUUUAUGGAUGUGUGUUUGGUAUAUGUUAGUUGAUUAUUCACACUUUUGAUAAACCAGAAAUUUGAAAAUUUAACUUAA